AUGGGUCCUUCGCUGAGAGAUCAUUCCCACUUUGUCAGGCCCGCAACUCGCGAGCGGCCAGGUACAAGAGAACAGGUCGAUUCUUCACUUGUCAUUCCCAGUCGAACAUCUUCGCUACAUUCUCGAAUCACCCAACCAAUCCCAGCAACUCUCAAUAUGAAACCAGCGCAGCGGACACCCAAGACCCUCACUCAUGCCUACAUGGUGUGUGGUGUGGGCCGUGAACCGUCCCAAUGGGUUCGAGCGCCUCAAUUAUCCCAGGGAAAGAUUGGCCAUAUGAAAGGGGCUGUUGGACAGUUCUGGCUACCUGAAAUCCUUGGAAGCAGCCCUCGCGUUGAGCAGGACAAUGAGAUUGCAAGAGCCCUACAUGCUGCUAUGCGAGCUUGCUUUCCGCAUGAUGUAGAGAUCUGCACUGGUCGCAGUCAGCCCCACUGCGUCCACCAUUCCUUUGUUCUGCAGCAAGAUUCCUCGCAUACUCUCUACGGAAUUGCGCUGCGUGUCUGGUCACGCGCAGACGAGAAGCGAGCAGAGACGAUUCGGGAACUUAGACGGAGGACAGAAACUGAUUACUAUGAUACUGCUGAUGAAACAUACUGGAUUCCGUACUGUUUGAGUUUCCUGUCAAGAUAUCCACUGUACAAUCUCCUUGGUGAUUACCUUCGCGGCAUGUGGAUUCAUUGGAAUAAGGCCACAAACCUGUUUCAUGCAGAGGAGGUGUCGCGGAUUCUCAGCUUUCCAGCUCCACGCUUGAACGAUCUGGUGCGAAUUGACAUGAAGGACUACGCUCUUUGCUAUCAAUUUCCAUCCUCACCAACAGGCUUCCAAAACUUCUCAAUGUGGCCGUUGUUCACCUGCCUGUCAAUUCCCAACAUUGUCGGCGUAAUUGAAGCAGCUGUAUCACCUACUCGCAGAAUCGUCUUCGUCAGUCAUUAUCCAGCAAUCCUGACCGUGGCUGCCGAGACAAUCCGAUUCUGUGUGCGCGUGUAUGAGUGGAGUGGGUUGUACGUGCCCGUCGUUCAUGCUCGCCAUGCCAAAGAACUCGUCAACGAGCCAGGCCCAUACAUUCUCGGCAUCACCGCUGAAUGCCGAUCCCUCUUUACAGCUCCUACCGAUGCGCUUGUGGUGGACCUCGACCGCAAUUUCGUGCUCACUUCCAGCCCGCCAAAUAUCCUUUCACCUGGUCAGCGAACCAAGAUGAUCACCCGAUUAACCCAGGCUCUCAAUGGCGAUAUUACACCGUCUGGCGUGCCUCAACAUCUCCGUGCAGCUUAUGGUGGUGGCAAGUUGAUUCCGGCUGGCCGGAUCAUCGUAGAGAAGGGUGAGGUCGAAAGCAUUCAAGAUCCUGCUUGGUGGAGCCAGGACAGUGUAAUGACCGUCAUGGAUCAUGUCUGCGAGAAAUUGGGCCGCAAUACUGGUGUCAAGGCAAUCUUGGGAGGUACAGUUAAGAAGCCGCUCAUGACCAAAGUCUCGAUGCGUCACCUAAAUGAGAUCGUCCGAGAACGUAAUCAGUAUUCACGCGACGCCCUGGAAGCCUGGCAAGAUUUCAUCAACCUCAAAGGCCGCAUGGACACCGAGCUCCACAAGGUUACCAAGAGAAACAACUUCCUCGAAACAGAGCUUGAGACCUGGAAGUCACAAUUUCUCAAGUUCCAAGCCUUUGCCGAGCAGCUCAACAAAGAAGUUUCGGAGCUCCGCGUCAAGAUUGAAAGUCACAAGCGCGAAAACCGCAGACUUACUGGUCUGAUUGACCAACAGAAAGACGAUCAAGCUCGCAUCAGUCUCCGUCUCAAGGGCACUGAGAUCCAGAGAGAUCAAGCUCUAGAAGCUCUUGUCUUGCAACAAGGUAUCGCAGAAGACCUUGAGCGUGAGCGCGCUCGUAACAGGAAGGAGAUCGCUGCUCUGCAACAUACCAAUUCAACCAUUUCCCGUCAACGAGACGAAGCACAACGUGUGGUGCUCCACCUCCGCAGCCUUAUCAACGGCCAGACCCACCAUAUGGAGCAUAUUGUUCGCUCUCUGGGAACUGCCCCAGAGCUUUCUGAAUAUAUCAAGGAAGGCUAUGAAGAUGUUGGCGAAGAGGAGGAGCACGACGAGACUGAGCACAAGGACAGCGGCUUUGUUGCUACAAUGAAAUCCAUCUCUGGUCUCGGCGAUUCUCCACACACAUCGUCUACCAGCUCAGUCAAUGGAAUGUCCUCGGAGGUCGAAGGGGAAUUCCUCGGCCCAUCCUCUCGCACAAACAAGCGCUUCUCCACCCUCAGCAUGUCCGAUGUCGCCGAUCGUCACCUCCGCGACAAGACUGAUGCCAUUGCCGACAUCAUCCGCAAUAUCAGUGAGCAGUGCGCCGCCGCUGUCGAGGGUCUUCAACUUGCCAAUGAGGAUCUCGAGGUCCCCGAGACAGCAGGCCAGCAGGCGGAGGAGGAAGAUGCCGGAAAGAACAGCGAAGAUGGGCAAGAGAGCAGCCAAGAUGGCCAGAACAGUAACCGAUCCGAGGGAACUGGGGUGCGUGACGGUCACCUGACGCCAGUCAGCAAUAACCAUUCCAGCAUCCCACCGACCCCAGAUCUGGUUGACAGGUCGAGCACCGCCAUGUCCAUGGCCAGCUCUGCCCCAACCGCAUUCACCGAGCGCACCUCUCAGCAUUCUACCAUGCCUGACCACACCAGAAUCGCGGAGGCCGACGAUACAGCAGAGAAGGUGCACGGGCGCCGUUCUGGAAGCGAAGCUGGCGAGCCAAGCACUCACCAGCAAAUCACCAAACAGAGUCAAGAUCAGGUCAUGUCCAGGUCGUUGGUGAGCCGGAAAGUGCAGUAG